CGCUUCACAGGUCUUUUACCCCUUGUUCAAGGAAGUAGUGGUGAUUUAGGACAUCUGUUCCGUAGAACCGAUUGACUUACAUGUCAUUGACAGUGUUGCUAAUCAAUUACGCUUUUGCAGGGUGACUUCGCACAAACUCAAUUAUCUUUGCCUGCAAGGGAAGAGCCCGCCCGAUCCGACCACAAUUAUUACAAAAGGCGCCCCAUUUGAACAAUAAGCCAGCCUAGGUCUCUUUAGCCCAAUCUUUACCACCGAAAAUCGACAGGUAAAGAUCUUGUCAAUCAUGCGGCUGGCUUUACAUGACUUGGUAUUCGCGACCUGCGUGGUUCAGGCAACCUCAUUCCAACCUCUGACAGCGAGAGCCCUGAGUGAUUUAUAUGACUAUAUCAUCGUUGGUGGCGGAACCGCUGGCUUAACCCUAGCGUCAAGGCUUAGUGUCGACCACUCUCACACAGUCCUCGUCAUCGAGGCAGGCAUGCCUGACGACUAUGAAGCCGCUGUGAUGAUCCCUCGCUUCUACCCAGGGGCGUCUGGUUUUGCUCCGGGCACCCGGUACGACUGGAACUUUACAUCAACCCCGCAAGAAUUCCUCUUGGGGCAGACCAUCAACCUCACGCAAGGGCAUACAGUCGGUGGGAGUAGCACCGUCAAUGCGAUGAUUUUUGAUCGCGGCAUGCCUUCCAACUACGACGCCUGGGCCGCUCUUGGAAAUGAGGGCUGGGAUUUUGCAGGUCUGCUGCCUUACUUCAAGAAGAGCGAAAGGUUCACCGCGGCAACGCCUGAGAAUGCAGCCACGUAUGAUAUGACGUUUGAUGCCGCUUGCCAUGGUUUUGAAGGUCUAGUCCAAUCAAGCUACCUAGCUUGGUCACAUCCGAACAACACAAACUUCCUUGAUGCCAUGCAUGGACUGGGAAUAAGCACGCCUUUAGACCAAGGCUGCAACCCACUUGGUGUAUACCUAACUACUCAUUCUAUCCACCCAACAAAUCAGUCAAGAUCAAGUGCAAGAACAGCUCAUUAUGAUCAGAUUAUGAACAGGGCCAAUCUUGACAUACUCACUGGGUUCCAAGCAACAAAGCUGUUGUUCAAUACUGGCGGAGAAAAGCCUAGAGCUAUGGGAGUUGAGUAUUCAACCGGAUCUGGCCUGGAAGUCAGUAGAGUUGAAGCUAGAAAGGAAGUCAUCAUAUCAGCAGGUGCUCUGAAUACCCCCAAGCUCCUACAGCUGUCUGGCAUUGGGCCGGCACCACUCACGUCUAAGCAUGGCAUUCUAUCCAUAAUCGACUUGCCAGGCGUCGGCGCAAAUCUGCAAGAUCAUCCAUUCGGGUUAACUAUUGCUUCUUUGAGUACCGAGAUACCCGGGAAUUACGAGUUGGAGAACUCAACAUUUGAUGCUGAACAAAGAGAUCUCUAUUACUCGCAACGGAAAGGGCGCUGGACGGAUACUAUUGCGGAAGCGCUCGCGUUUAUCCCUCUCUCAAAUUUCACCCAGUCAGAUGUCACUAGCAGAUUACUGUCUACUAUCAACAGUAGCACCGCUCAGUAUCUCCCACAGGACACUGACCAAACUGUCAAAAAUGGAUACUUGCAACAAGUACAGCAAAUUCUUCGGAUGCACCAACUUAAUUCCACGGCUGGGAUGGAGCUUCUUUACGUGGAUGGUGGACGCUCAAUAGUGAACAUCCUGAUGCACCCCUUAAGCCGAGGAACGGUUGCGAUUAACUCCACCGAUCCUUUUGCGCCCCCCGUCAUCGACCCUCGUUAUCUCUCCCACCCUUACGACGGCCAAGUAUUGGUUGAGUCACUAAUAUUCAACCGAAAACUCCUGGCCACAGGGCAAGUCCAAGCUCUUGGAGCAUCAGAAACGCUGCCUGGGGUCGGUACCACGAGUGAUUAUGAUAUUUUGGGAUUCAUCAAAGGAGUCAGCUCUACAGAGUAUCACUAUGCUGGGACAUGCGCUAUGCUUCCUAGGCGACUUGGUGGUGUCGUGGAUUCCAACCUUAAUGUAUAUGGGAUUGAUGGCUUGAGGAUAGUCGAUGCUAGUAUUAUGCCUUUACUUCCAUCGGCGCAUACCCAGGCGACGGUCUAUGCGAUCGCUGAAAAGGCAGCGGAUAUCAUAUUACAGCAAUAUUCUUGAUGGACGUGGUGGACGUAGGAUUAAUUAAAGAUGGAGAAACAGACCAGCGGACGUUGGACAACUGUCUUGUCGAGAUAUUCAAUGGCUGAUAGCUCCUCUAUUCACUCAAAUUCCGCUGGGUUCGGCGGCGCAGAAAGUCUGUUUUACUUCUGUGACUGGUGCAACCUGCUGUUACAUUUGUAAUGACUUGUCAACCCUGACUAUCGCUAGAAACGUAAUUAAGGAGGUGCUCGCCCACUUUCACUUGGGACAUCUGACUGGCAACCCACUUUUGAGUGUCUCGCAUUCCCAUCA